AGACUAGACUAGAUUAGAAAGCUGGGGGUUGUGUAUAAAAUAAAAGAAAGACCUAAUAACAAUGUAAUAAUAAGGGGUAGGCAUAAUUAUACUUUUUCGUGUAUUGAGCGCUGGGAAAUCACGAGCUCUGCAAGAGGUGGAGGUUCAGUGCUUGUGUUUGUAGUAUGUACGAUGGAUUGUUGACCAUUAUCCACACACGGAAGUACCGCUGCCAGCUUUUCUCCAAUCGUUGCAAAAUAUGAAUUCAUUAGACUGGCUUUCUCCUCGUCAGUCAGCGCAAGACUGCCGUCGUCUCUUUUGAGAGGGCCGAUGCUCUUGUGCUCCGUUGGAUUUAUCGCUUUAUUGAGUAAGUUCUAUUAAGUGCUAGUUUCAUGUCUUGACUUCUGUGAACAUUUUGGAGAAGUAUGUGGCUUUGGCUUGCCUUAGAGCCGACGUAACCUCAUUUCUAGCUUGCUUGUACUCUUGGCGCAGCUUGAGGCAUUUAGAUGAAACUGCUGCCUUGAAUAGCUUAUACCUCCGGUUCAUUUUAUAGCGGAUAGCAUUGGUGAUCCACGGUGCUGAUGUGCUUCCAAAUGUGACUUCUUUCAAUGGGGCGUGUUCAUCGCAAAUAAUAUUGAAUAAGUGCUGCCAAGCCCAUAAGACAUCGUCCACGUCUUCAAAAACCUGUGAGAUGUGAAAAGGCGCCGUUUCGAUGUCGUAUCUGAAUUUGUCAUCAUCCAAUCUUUUAUAGUCUCUCGUUCUUAUGUACUUCGGUGGAGGUCUUUUGUUCUUCAAGCGUAAAGUAAAAUCUUGUAUUUAAAACACGAUUAUCGUUUAAGCACUACAUGCAUGAGGGGUCGUGUAUCUAAUUAAUUAUCUAAUUUUCUAAUUACCUACUGAUAAAAUGAAUGAAAUAUAAGAAAUUAACUUACUUUAUCGCAAAUCUGAUUUCCCUAAAUAUCGGACUGGAUUUUGCCUAGCGUAGUGUUGCAUAUAUGAAGUUGUGAUCGGAAAUGCCCAGUGGGAAUACGUCCGUGGAAUUAACAAGGUCUUUUCUUGUGGUUACAAUAAGUUCUAUCAAAGUACGUGACUGUAACGUUGUUGUCGUGGCCUUCCGUACGAUGUUUUGCAUAUUGAACAUGUCAAAGACUGAACGUAGUUUUUCACUGUUCCUACUCAACGACGACAGAAGACCGUUCAAAUCAUCUCCCAUAGAAAAACCGCAGUUGAAAUCACCCAACAAGGCGAUGUUUGACGAUUUCAACUAGGUCUUUUCGAGCGGGCAUCUGAGGAGAUUGAAGAAUUCAUUAUCAUCUGGUUGCCUAUACAUAACUGAAAAUAAGACUGAGGUGCUAGGGAAUUUGACUUGCAGCCAGAUCGCUUCAAGGCUUUUAAUAAUCAAAUAUUUUCGAUGUGUUGAUUGAAAUGUUCCGCAGUACAGAAUGAAUUUUCAUGUGAAAGUGCUAUUCUAAAUUUCCUUCUUAAUAGAACAUCUGAAGAAGUACCCCAAAUGAGAGCUAAAAAGAUGAUGGUGCCCGUCUUUCUACUUACUACUUGGGUCACUCAAAAAGUAACUUUUGUUUUGUUUUUUCAGAUGACAUCCCGCCUGGAUAUGUAUGCCAAGUCUUUGACUGAGGCUAUAAAACCAGACUACAAACAACAGAUAAUUCACGAUGAAGCUUGAACAAGACAAGGACUCCACGGCGUGCAGUGAUUUUGUACCCAGAAAAGAAUUAAGUCACUAAUUUAAUAGUAUAGACCGCAUUGAAAUUUACUCUACGUCGUUUGUUUGGUUCGUGCGCGUGAUUCUUGGAAAACGAAGGUAGUAACAAUCGAUAAGUAAAGAUGAAACAAAUUUUCCUCGCUACUGUGAAGGAAAAUGAAAAUCAACGAGUAGUUGGAAUAAAUUUAAAAUUCACAAGAGUACGCUGAAAGUAAACCAUAGGUCUGUAGAGUGUAAAAUAGGCAAUCAUUUUUUAAUAAAAGUAGUUCAAUUGCAUCCCUUUUUGUUUGCCUCUCUGGGGUUUUGUUCUUGUCGUUUUUCCCUUGGAUGGACCUCUGAGAAGUCCAUUUUGUGGAAAUACAGUCAACUCGCGCCUUGCGAACAACCCGCUAUUAUGGACAAAAGCUACAUCCCCGGCCGAACUACAAAGACAUGUAUGGAAAUAACUCCCGUUAUCACUUCAAGUGGUCCCAAACCAACAGACAGCUCGACGUAUUGAAUGGCAACUAAUCUGCAGUGUUGGAAUGUUCACUAGUUUGUUCACUUUUUUGACCUAUGUUACAUGUUUAUGUAUAAAAAUAAAUGUAUACUACAGAUUAAAAGAAAAUGGAAUUAUUGAAAGAGUUUUCAGAACCAAAAACUGCGUCAUUUCCAUGACACCCCGCUAUUGUGGUCUAUUGUGGACUCUCGCUAUGACGGAAACUAAAUGACGAUCCCGAGGGUGUCCGCUAAAACGAGAGCUGUGAUCGAAAUCGUAAUUUCGAUGAUUUCUUCUUCUCAUGGGUUUCAACAUAUCCCGGCCUCCCCUCCCUCGCAUAGUAAAGGUGAAUCUGUGUAUUUGCCUCACCCACCACCCCCAAUCCCCCGCCAAAUUUGAUAUCUCGUAUCGUAGAGACUUUUGGGAUAGCACAAUGUUGCCAUGGUAAACAAAGAUGGCGGAAGGACUUGUGAGAAGUUCGAGAAAGACUCCAACUAAGUUUGACAAUGGAUUCGAACCGACUUUUGACUCCGAUGGAGCUCCUUCUUGUCUGUCUUGGAAAAUUGACGAUGUCGCUGAUUGGGUGGAGUUUUUAGGGUUCCAACAGUACCGGGCCUGUUUCAAAGAUAACCUUAUAAAUGGAAGAAAACUUAUCACUGUUGAUGCUUCUUCUCUACCAAGAAUGGGUAUCACUGACUUUGAGCAUAUUAAGGUAAUAGCAAAAAAAGUUCGUGAGUUGCUGGGAAUAGAGGAACCUUACUGGAACCGGAGCAUCUCUCUUCUGCAUCGAGAAUCUCUGGGGCUAUUUCUUGAAAAGAAAAGCAACACUGGGGUGGAGGCUGACUUGUUGACAUUUGAAGAUUACAAACGGCAAUUGCAGAGACAAGAACAAAGCAAACAAACAAAAAGAUGACACUGCUAACUCCAUGAAAACAAUACAACAAUGCAUACAGUUCACUUAAACAAAGGAAGUAACAACAUGUACAUAUGACCCAAUGGACUCCAAAUGGACUUAUAUGCAUUAAUUCAAUGCAUAAUUUCUGUAUUUCCUACACGGAGAAAAAAUCAGUAAUUGUAUGAUAAACAGAUUUACACUAACAGUAGGAAACUGAACUGCUUGUUUUUCUCCCUUAACUUGAAUAAAAAACAAGCAAUGAAUUCAUCAACAAAACACUCUUGUAAUUAGUAACAUUAUUAGCUUGUAAGUUCCGUGCUGUUAAUUGAUUGUUCUAUUUUAUUGAAAGGUAAAAUGUUCAGGAAAUAAACUGAUAUUAAACAAAACCAGUUAGCUAAAGAUGAUUUGUUGUUUUGCAUUUGAGCACAAUACAGCCUGCACACACCAAAUGCCUAAUCUUGUAAGGGUAUCGAACAACCUGCUCACUGUGUUGGAAGACGGGACAAAGACAAAACAUAUCAAUGUGUGAUUCCAGGAAAUAUCCAUACCUCCACUGCAGUAAGAUGGCUUACUGCAGUUUUGAUGAAUUAUAACGGCCCAACUUCUAACUCUUUUGAAAAAUGUCCCAAAAUGUUUUUCCUUUCUCUAUUUACUUUUUGCUUGUCUUUUACCAUUGUAAGUGAAACUUGAACAAUUAAUUGUCAACAGAUGACCAAAAUAAACGACCGAGUACCUAAGGAGAGACUGGGCACCAGUAGGUUAAAUCACGUUUUUCACAAAAUCUACCCGU